GAAGAAGGAGUAGGUGAAGGACAGCCAUGGCAGAGCCACCCCCAAGAACCCUCUGAGCCUGCACCCCUGUCAUUACCCACAGGAGCCUGACACCACCCAUCACCAUGGGCAGCAAGGAGCGCUUUCACUGGCAGAGUCACAAUGUGAAGCAGAGUGGUGUGGAUGACAUGGUGCUGCUGCCCCAGAUCACCGAGGACGCCAUCGUGAGCAACCUCCGCAAGCGCUUCAUGGAUGACUACAUCUUCACAUAUAUUGGUUCAGUGCUAAUCUCUGUGAACCCCUUCAAGCAGAUGCCCUACUUCACUGACCGGGAAAUUGACCUCUAUCAGGGUGCGGCCCAAUAUGAGAAUCCCCCGCACAUCUAUGCCCUCACCGACAACAUGUACCGGAAUAUGCUGAUCGACUGUGAGAACCAGUGUGUCAUUAUCAGCGGGGAGAGUGGAGCUGGGAAGACAGUGGCUGCUAAAUACAUCAUGGGCUACAUCUCCAAGGUGUCUGGUGGGGGAGACAAGGUCCAGCACGUCAAAGACAUAAUCCUACAGUCAAACCCACUGCUUGAAGCUUUCGGCAAUGCCAAGACUGUGCGCAACAACAACUCCAGCCGCUUUGGCAAGUACUUUGAGAUCCAGUUCAGCCGAGGUGGAGAACCAGAUGGAGGCAAGAUCUCCAAUUUCUUGCUGGAAAAGUCUCGUGUGGUCAUGCAGAAUGAGAAUGAGAGGAAUUUCCACAUCUACUAUCAGCUUCUGGAAGGGGCCUCCCAGGAGCAGCAGCAGAACCUAGGACUCAUGACACCAGACUACUAUUACUACCUCAACCAAUCAGACACCUACAAGGUGGAAGGCACUGAUGACCGGAGUGACUUCAAUGAGACCCUGAACGCCAUGCAAGUCAUUGGGAUUCCGACCAGCGUGCAGCAGCUUGUCUUGCAGCUCGUGGCAGGGAUCUUGCACCUGGGGAACAUCAGCUUCUGUGAAGAAGGGAAUUAUGCCCGCGUGGAGAGCGUAGACCUCCUAGCUUUCCCAGCCUACCUGCUGGGCAUAGACAGUGGGCGGCUGCAAGAGAAGCUGACCAGCCGUAAGAUGGACAGCAAAUGGGGUGGACGAAGCGAGUCCAUUGAUGUGACCCUCAAUGUGGAACAGGCAGCCUACACCCGUGACGCACUGGCCAAGGGACUCUAUGCCCGCCUCUUCGACUUCCUGGUGGAGGCUAUCAACCGUGCUAUGCAGAAGCCUCAGGAAGAGUACAGCAUCGGUGUGCUUGACAUCUACGGCUUUGAGAUCUUCCAGAAAAAUGGCUUUGAACAGUUCUGCAUCAACUUCGUCAAUGAAAAGCUGCAACAAAUUUUUAUUGAGCUCACCCUGAAGGCAGAGCAGGAGGAGUAUGUGCAAGAGGGCAUCCGCUGGACCCCCAUCGAAUACUUCAACAACAAAAUUGUGUGUGACCUCAUCGAAAACAAGCUGAACCCGCCAGGCAUCAUGAGCGUGCUGGACGAUGUGUGCGCCACGAUGCACGCUACCGGUGGUGGCGCGGACCAGACAUUGCUACAAAAGCUGCAAGCAGCAGUGGGCACCCACGAGCACUUCAACAGCUGGAGCGCAGGUUUCGUCAUCCAUCACUAUGCAGGCAAGGUCUCCUAUGAUGUCAGUGGCUUCUGUGAGAGGAAUCGGGAUGUGCUGUUCUCUGAUCUUAUAGAACUGAUGCAGUCCAGCGACCAGGCCUUCCUACGGAUGCUCUUUCCUGAGAAGCUGGAUGUAGACAAGAAGGGCCGCCCCAGUACUGCUGGCUCCAAGAUCAAGAAACAAGCCAACGACCUGGUAUCCACGCUGAAGAAGUGCACACCACACUACAUCCGCUGCAUCAAACCUAACGAGACCAAGCGGCCCCGGGACUGGGAGGAGAGCAGGGUGAAGCAUCAAGUGGAGUACCUGGGCCUGAGGGAGAACAUCCGAGUGCGUAGGGCAGGUUUUGCCUACCGUCGGCAGUUCUCCAAGUUCCUGCAAAGGUACGCCAUCCUGACCCCUGAGACAUGGCCACGGUGGCGUGGAGAUGAACGUCAGGGUGUCCAGCACCUGCUUCGUGCUGUCAACAUGGAGCCAGACCAGUACCAGAUGGGCAGCACCAAGGUCUUUGUUAAGAACCCUGAGUCGCUUUUCCUCCUGGAAGAGAUGCGAGAGAGGAAGUUUGACGGCUUUGCCCGCACUAUCCAGAAAGCCUGGCGGCGCCACAUAGCAGUCCGAAAGUAUGAAGAGAUGCGGGAAGAAGCUUCCAACAUCCUAUUGAACAAGAAGGAACGAAGGCGAAACAGCAUCAACCGGAACUUUGUCGGGGACUAUCUGGGGCUGGAGGAGCGGCCUGAGCUGCGCCAGUUCCUGGCUAAAAGGGAACGAGUGGACUUUGCCGACUCAGUCACCAAGUAUGACCGCCGCUUCAAGCCCAUCAAACGGGACUUGAUCCUGACCCCCAAGUGUGUGUACGUGAUCGGGAGAGAGAAGGUGAAAAAGGGACCAGAGAAGGGUCUGGUGCGUGAAGUUCUGAAGAAGAAAUUGGAGAUCCAAGCUCUCCGAGGGGUGUCCCUCAGCACCCGACAGGAUGACUUCUUCAUCCUUCAAGAAGAGGCUGCUGAUAGCUUCUUAGAAAGUAUCUUCAAGACGGAAUUUGUCAGCCUCCUGUGCAAGCGAUUUGAAGAGGCAGCGCGCAGGCCUCUACCCCUCACCUUCAGCGACAUGCUACAGUUCCGGGUGAAGAAGGAAGGCUGGGGCGGAGGCAGCACCCGAAACGUCACCUUCUCUCGCGGGACAAGUGACUUGGCUGUGCUCAAGGCUGGGAGUCGAGCGCUCACUAUCAGCAUUGGGGACGGAUUGCCUAAGAGCACCAAGCCUACACGUAAAGGGUUAGCCCAGGGAAGACCUCGAAGGUCAGCACAGGCUCCUACUCGAGCAGCCCCUGGACCCCCGAGAGGCCUGAAUCGAAAUGGUACCACCCUCUUCCCAGGUAAGGUCCCUACCCAUGGAGAUCACAUCUGGCAGGAGUUCCCAGAGGCCUCCACGGGGCCCUCCAUCCUCAACCCUAGAGCCAGCAGACGUCCUCGAGCACGGCCACCUUCGGAGCACAACACAGAAUUCCUAAAUGUACCUGACCAGGGUGUGGCAGGCAUGCAAAGGAAGCGAAGUAUAGGGCAGAGACCUGUGCCAGGAGUGGGCCGGCCUAAGCCCCAACCACGGAUACAUGGCCCGAGGUGCCGGGCACUGUACCAGUACAUAGGCCAAGAUGUGGAUGAGCUGAGCUUUAACGUGAAUGAAGUAAUUGAGAUCCUGAUGGAAGAUUCUUCUGGCUGGUGGAAAGGUCGGUUGCAUGGCCAGGAAGGUCUCUUUCCAGGAAACUAUGUGGAGAAGAUCUGAUCGUCUAUCCACACACCUGUCUGCUUGUCUGCCUGGGAGCCAAACCCUGCCAGUGGGAGCCUUGAUUACCCUGUCUGCACUGGCCAGGCUUAUGGCCUCCAGCCCAGUGGGGGCCCUGUGUGUAGGAGGAUCACCACUGUAGCACCCCAUGCCUGGUGCUGCCUUCCUAUGGGUUGAAUUGCUAUCUAAGUCUCCAUUUUAUCAUGUGUCCAAUAGUAUUUGCUGCAGAACCUACCUCCCAGCUGCCUUGUGUGCAUGAAACGAAUCAUAUCCUGCCCUGUGAGCUAAGUGCUGUGCACUGCCCAGGGUUAGGAGACUUCGACAAUUAGACCUUUCCACUUUUUCUCAUCACUGAGGCAAUAAACAUAUGUCGGGUAAAAACAAGAAGUAAA